AUGCACCACCUUUUUGUGAACUGUUUGGCAGUUGCUGGCAUAUGGGAUUGGAUCUUCCCACUUUUCAGGCUUCACUUUAAUCCAACCUAUGAGACCAGUGAGUUUUUUCAGGAGAAUUUAAUUUCUAAUUUCUCUUUCUCCACUAAGCUGCUAUGGUUCUUAUCAGUUUGCAAUGUUUUUUGGUGCGUCUGGACUGAGAGAAAUAGUCUAAAGCAUGAUGGGGGGGUUUUUGAGCCCUAUAGGUUUAAACAAAAGGUGACCCUUUCAAUUAGUGAAUUUGCUAGUUUGAUCUUUAGUUCAUCCUCUGCUCCACAAUCUGUUCCAAUUUUUAGGCUUUUGGGUUUGUCUCAAUUGCGACCUACAGCUCCGAGAAUUAUCCAGGUAAUAUGGUACCCUCCUCCUCCUCUUUGGGUUAAAGUAAAUACAGAUGGAUCAUACCAUGAUCAGCUUCAGGCAGGGUGUGGUGGUGUUUUUAGAGGUAGUGAGGCCUCCUUUUUAGGUGCUUUUACUAAAAAGGUAGUUGUCCCUUGUGCACUUGAUGCGGAGUUGAUUGCUGUAAUUGAGGCAAUUCGCCUUGCUUGUUUAAAGGGGUGGUUGAAUUUGUGGGUGGAGGUGGAUUCUUUGAUUCUGCUCAGUUUUAUUAAUGAUCCUCUUAAGGUCCCUUGGCGUCUGCGCACACAAUGGAAGAACUGUUUGCAUAUGUCUCGACAGUUGAAUAUUCAUUUUUCACACAUAUAUAGGGAGGGGAAUUCAGUGGCUGAUAAACUUGCUACUUUUGGUGCUUUGCAUGGAGAUUCUGUCUGGUGGGAUGUGAUGCCUCAAUUCUUGCAUUUGGCUCUGGGUGGUGAUUUCUCUGGUCGCCCAUCCUAUAGAUUUGCUUAA